AUGGAGAAGUUGAAGGAGGUUGUGGUGCAGCACACACUAUUGACGGAGGAAGAGGUCAAAGCUAUAGUACCAAAUAUCGAGUUGGACGAUGAUGGAAAAGAGAUCCCCAAGCCCAAAUCUGCGGCCGAACUUAGGAAAGAGGCGGCACAGCUCAAGAAGAAAGCUGAGGAAGAUGCAUUUGUAGCGCCGCGCGUGGUUACGGAGAAGGGCCUUCCUGUUACUCAAGCGGGCAUGAAAAGAUCGUUUGAGAUCCGCGAAGAGGUCGACAAGCGUGAUCCCGAUAUGCAUGAAAUGUACAUCUACAACGACUUCGCUGGCUAUGGUGUGAUUGAGGUGAUGGAAAACGUGCUGUUGGAGUUCAACGAGAUCAUUUUCAAGAAGGAAAUCUCUCCAAUUGAAAAAUGGACCAUCAUGGAGGGCCUCACAACGUAUUUACAUAUAGGCGAUCACAUGACAUGGAUGAUGAACGACAAUUCCGAAGCUAUAGAAGACGUGCUCAACAUGAUGGGCAUCAUGUUCAUCACAGCUCUCGAAAUGCUACACGAGUCAAAGCUAAUUGGAGGCACGAGCCCUCUUCCAGACAAUGUCGGCAUCAUGACUCUUCUAUUCCUCGAUUUCAUGAGCAACACUUGCUCAGACUUUGACCUUGACUGGCUCCACGAGAUUGUUCGAGCUGCGGACAAAUAUGGUGUCGUUCUUGCGAUCCCUGAACCAAAGAGAAUUGGUGUCUCUCAAGAUCAACUGGACGAAUGUGGAGAUGAGUGUGAAGAGCGUAGGAUGACGGCAGGACUUACUUGGAAGACUAAGAAGCAACAUCCGGGAGGGGACAGGUAUGAUAUCACGAAGAUGUCGAAGGCAGAGCAAGCCCGGUAUAAGUUUUCUAAUGUGGGUGAUUCUGGGUCCGGAAGCGAAGGAGACGAUGAUGAUGAGUGA